CCCUAUUCAAUUCAAUCAAAUCAAAUCAAAUCAAAUCAAAAUAAUAAUAAAAACCUAAACACAUAUAUUCUCUCAUCACACAUUCAUUUUAUUAUUCAUUAAAAAUUCUCUCUGAAAUUUUCUGUAAAACAUCAGCAGAUGGAAGACACCGUCAAAGAACAAUCAUCCGCCUCCGGAAACAAAGGAGGGGCAAAGCUUCUGAGAUAUCCUCUCCGAUCGGCUUCUAAACCCAAAGAUGUUACUGCUUCUUCUCCGUCGGUUGUGUCUGCUUCCAGAAGGGGAAAACCAACACCAAGUGUGAGUCAAAGUGUUAGUGUCCUUGAUGUCUCUGCUGCUAAAGAGAAAUCGUCUGCUAAGCCGCCCAGAAGGAUGUCUAUCCCUACCAAGCCAACUGCCAGUCCUGCUGCUAAAUCGGUUGGCUACACCACUCCAAUAUCAGAGGCUAGAGGAAGUCGCGCUCUUGGAAAUCUCAAGGGUAAAUCUGACACCCCGGCUUCUGAUGUUUCAAGAUCAUUGAAUCGCAAGAAGUUCACUGUGCUUUCUUCAGCUUCAUAUUGGCUUUCCCACAUUAAGCUUUCUGAAGCUGCUGGAAAACAUCAAUUGUCACUCGGGUUUUUCAAACUUGCCCUGGAGGCUGGCUGCGAGAAUGUUCAACUACUUAAAGAUGAGCUGAAGUCCUAUGCUUGCCGUCACAACCUUCUUGAUCUUGAAGAAUCUGCAAAAGAAGUUCUUCAAAGCUAUGAGAUAUCAGAAAGCCUUGAGCAACUGCAAGUUUCCGAAACUUGUUCUCAUGUUCCGGAAGAUGAUGAUGCACGCAGCUUGUCUUCUGCUAUUGGAAAUUCUAAACCGAAACCAAGAUCCAUGAACAGCAGUGCCAGCUCAGCUGCAAAAACAUCAGUCAAAGAAGCUACUCGGAAGAGUAAUUCUGUGUCUAAAAUUGAAGCUCCGAUGGUCAAGAUUCAGAAGGCUGCAACAAACACUGGGAAUAACAAGAUGCAAAAGAACAUCAAGAAGCUGAGUAAACAAGACUCCAAGAAAGAGAAGCAGAUGGUGAAGACUGAGGCAAUGAAACCUACUAAUGAAGAAGAUCUAUUAGACACCUUUCCAAAGGAGGCAGUGCUAGAAGAAAACAAAGAGAACAUGGAUGCUCCAGUGGUGGAAGAGAUGAGCUUGGAAGCUUAAAUUGCAGAUUAAUAAAGCUUGCUUGAAUAUGUAACUAUUUUACAGUUUCGGCUUGUUUGGCCAUGUCUUCAAUGUUUUACUGGAGGCUUUUUCUUUGUAUAGAUAGAUGAUUGUUUGUGGUGUGCAAGUUCAUAACUAUGGAUUUCCGGUUUGUUUUUUUUUUUAAUUUAAAAAGUCGUUGGAUGAUAAAUCAUUCUUGGUAUGAUGUGUUUGUUGGAAA